GUCUUUCUCCAGUUUUCUCUCCUCACAGCGUCAGCUCUUUUGUUUGAAACCUCACCCCCAGCUUCCUCUAACGGACUUGUUUGUGCUAAAUGUCACUGUGCUGCUGGAAAAGCUCUCUCCUCUUUGAUAACUUCUCAAUCUUCGCAGCAAAUAUUGACAUUCAGUUUCUCGUCUCCUCAGGUGAUAACAUGGGGAAUGGAUCAAUGAAAUCAAAGCGUUACAAACACACAGACGGGUCUGCUGCUUCCUCCAAUGGCCGAGCCCACAAAGAUCAUGGUGUUGGGUACAAGAACUCGUCCCUGGACUCCCUGAGGGCCCGGGUGGAGGAGCUGGAGCGAGAGGGCAAGAGGAAGGAUGAGGAGCUUUGUGCCAAAGAGCAGCAGAUCAAAGGUCUCCAGGAGCAGCUGGCCAAACAGACGCGAGCUCUGGCUGAGCUGAGCGAGGAGCUGCAGAACAAGUGCAUCCAGCUCAACAAGCUGCAGGACGUGAUGAAGAACCAGAGCGGAGCCUCUGGCAGUCUGGCAUCGCGGCCUCCCUCCGUCAAAGCCAGCGGGAAGAGCAGCCCUAACCUCAGCGUCCGCAUCAAGGAAACCCUCAACAGAAGGAAAGGGGCCAAAGCUGGGGUGUCGGCCGAACCCACAUCCAGGACCUACGACUCCAGCAGCCUGCCCAAGUUCUCCUUCGAGAACGCCCGAGUACCGAAGGAUGCAAGUGUGAAGAAGCUGCUGACAGAUGCCCUCAACAAGAACCAGUACCUGAAGAGGCUGGAGCUGCAGCAGAUCAAAGACAUGGUGGAGUGUAUGUAUGAGCGCACCUACCAGCAGGGAGAGUACGUCAUCAAGCAGGGAGAGCCUGGGAACCAUCUGUUUGUCCUGGCAGAUGGGAAGCUGGACGUGUUUCAACAUAACAAACUGCUCACAUCGAUAACGGUGUGGACCACAUUUGGGGAAUUAGCCAUUCUGUACAACUGCACACGGACGGCGUCAGUGCGAGCGGUGAACAAAGUGCGGACCUGGGCUUUGGAUCGGGAGGUGUUUCAGAACAUCAUGAGGAGGACGGCUGAGACGAGACACGAACAGUACCGCAACUUCCUCAGAAGUGUUUCACUCUUGGCUAAUCUACCAGAGGACAAGCUAAGCAAAAUAGUGGACUGCCUGGAGGUGGAAUACUACGACAAAGGGGAGUAUGUCAUCCGGGAGGGAGAGGAGGGCAGCACCUUCUACAUCAUCGCACAGGGAAAGGUGAAGGUGACCCAGACCACCGAGGCCCACAAGGUGCCUCAGAUCAUCAACACGCUGCAGAAGGGAGAUUACUUUGGAGAGAAAGCACUCAUAAGUGAUGAUGUCAGGUCAGCGAAUAUCGUGGCUGAGGAGAACGGGGUGGAGUGCCUUGUCAUUGACAGAGAGACAUUUGAUCAGACGGUGGGCACCUUCAAUGAACUACAGAAGUACCUCCAAGGCUACGUGGCAACACUUGAUCGUGACGACAAGAAGAGGCACGCCAGGAAGUCGGUGUCACGCCACCAGAGUCAGCCGCUGUCUCCUGAUGUCCUCCAGCUGAAGGAGAUGGUGUCGGUGUUCCCUUCGUCCAGGCCCUUCGACCACCUGGAAGUCAUCGCUACGCUCGGAGUUGGUGGCUUUGGACGAGUAGAACUGGUGAAGGUGAAGGGCGAGGACAUCACCUUCGCACUUAAGGUCAUCAAGAAGAAGCACGUCGUGGACAACAGGCAGGAAGAGCACAUCCACUCGGAGAGGAAGAUCCUCGCUGAGGCUCGCUCGCCUUUCGUUGUCAAAUUGUAUCGCACGUUCAAGGAUAACAAAUAUGUGUACAUGCUGCUGGAGGCCUGUCUGGGAGGAGAGAUCUGGAGUCUGCUCAGAGAUAGGGGGAGUUUUGAUGAGCCCACUGCCAAAUUCUGCGUUGGUUGCGUCACAGAGGCUUUCGACUACCUCCAUCGCAAAGGUGUCCUCUACAGAGACCUGAAGCCUGAGAAUCUGAUGCUGGAUACCGAGGGAUACAUCAAGCUGGUUGACUUUGGAUUUGCCAAGAAGAUCAGAUGUGGCCAAAAGACCUGGACCUUCUGCGGGACCCCGGAGUACGUGGCUCCAGAGAUCAUCCUCAACAAAGGCCACAACUUCAGUGUUGACUUCUGGUCUCUGGGCAUCCUGGUGUUUGAACUCCUCACGGGCAGUCCUCCGUUCUCGGGGAGCGACCAGAUGAUGACGUACACUUUCAUCUUGAAAGGCAUCGAAAAGAUGGACUUCCCCAAGAAGAUCACCAAGAGACCUGAGGACCUCAUACGCAAGCUGUGCAGGCGAAAUCCCUCAGAGCGACUGGGGAACCUCAAAAAUGGAAUAACUGAUAUCAAGAAGCACAGGUGGUUUAAUGGUUUCAACUGGGAGGGGCUGAAGGCGAGGACUUUACCAUCGCCACUGAAAAGAGACCUAGCAGGACCAACAGAUCACAGCUACUUUGACAGCUACCCUCCAGACGAGGACAGUCCCCCUGAUGAGCUGUCCGGUUGGGACAUGGACUUCUAAGACCUUCUGCUCCAUCUUUUCAUCAUUGUCCUUCAAUUUCACACACCUCACCAAACAUCUAAUGGGCAAAGUUGGUUUUGAGGCGGUCUUACAACACCUCUGGCAUCAGCUCUGAAAAGUAGAUACUCCUACUCACCUAAAAUGAACACAACUGGAACUGUUUGUGGAUCCAAAGCUGAUGAGAGAUCAAGUCCUUCUUGCUGCACUCAUGCCCCUGGAUGGUUGGGGCACCUGUGGAAAAUGAAGUAGGGAAUGACUGUACAUAAAGAUGGACAAUGCAUCCCCACUUCUUCCCACUGUACAAAAAUUUGGCCAGAAUAUCUUGGAUGUGGCUGCUGCCAGUCAUUUGGAGCCAGAGUCUGUGCAGUAAUGAUUGGCUGGUGGAGUCAUGGUAUCUAAGUUUGAUGUUUUAGUUUGGUGCACGUCUCAUCCACUAAUAUGGAGGGGGUGGGAUUUAUGAUCUAUAACGCAGCCAGCCACCAGGGGGCGAUUGAGACGUUUUUGCUUCACUUUUCUAGUAGGGAAAAAAAAAAAAAAGCUUUUUCAGCUCCGCCAUUUGGAUAGGAUUUGAAAAGAUAGCUUUUCAAUGGGAAAGUUUGGAAUUAAUAUGCUUCAGUCUACAGUUCCAGUCCUUCAUGCUCAAAGACGCCCAUGUACUUUUACAUUUUUGACAAUAUGGUGGAGUGGAGCUAAAAGACAGCAGUGAAAACAAGUCAAAAGCCCAAUGUUGGACUGUUGGAUGUUGGAUGUUAGACUGAGAGAGGUGUAAUCCAACGCUGUUUUUGCCACAUACUGCACCAACAACAGAGUGAAGCAUCUUCAAAAAUGGAACAUUAGAUGCUUUGUUAUCUUGGCUGUAGUUUCAAAGUGGGUGAAAUUACAGAUUAGAGCUUUAGCUUUGCUACAUUAGCCUGCAGGCAAGAAACCAUAACUGCGUGUCCAAGAUAACUAAGCUGAUUUUUUUUUUUUUUCAAGCUUCAUCUCAUAUUGCUUUGGAGGGAGUAAGUCUCAAAACAGAUCAGUGUCUAAUGUCAAAGUAUUAUGUUUUACAUUCCUUAAUCAAUCUACACCCAUAUAAUAAUCUUUCACAGAAAGCUCUUAAUGGUUUUUUUUUCCUCUGGGCCCUCAUGAUGGCUCCAGAUGUGGUUGGUAGGGAGAUUUGUGAUGCAGCUGCAAAGUCUUUAUUUCUUACAGCUGAGGGAAUUUGAUGAGAUGUUUGCAGUUUGUUUACGGCUGUAGAGGAAUUAAGGUGUGUGGGGAGGAGAUAUGUGUGGAGAACAAACAUGUACUCGGGAGAAGAAAUCCUACUUAUCUGGUCAGACGGCAUCUAACCACAACACACUACUAUCCCGAACAUGAAAUUAAUUUGUGCUAAGAAGCACUGAGAGUUCCUUGUGCCAACAGCGUUAUCCUCACAGUUUCUCCACUGCCCAAACUAGCCACACAAAAACACAAACACCUUCUCCACUUAAGUUAUAGAGUGUGAGCAUCCCACAGCAGGGAGCCUGACCUGAGGAAAUAUUUACCUUUUUGAAAAGGGGGAGUACUGCUUGGUCUGAUAGAGGAACAGCAAAGAGGCCAAACUGAGCAGAAAACCUUCAGGGUUUACUAUGAUAUGUAUUUUCCAUUUUUAAACACUUGAGGUUUACAGGAAAUCAACUGUGUACCAUGUGUCUAUGUAUAUACUGUACACUGUAAAGCACAAUCAUCAGAAAUACACAAUUUAUACAAUCCAAGCCACUUGUUCCUUUAUGUAAACCUUAAAAAUUGGGUGAGUUUUUGUAAAUAUCACAUAUAUAUAUAAAUAUGUAUGUAUACACUGACUGGUGAAUGUGUGUGUACAGUAUGUACAGUAUGUAAUAAUGUGUAUGGAAGCACCUGAAAGGUCUUGGACAAGCUGUGGCCUUAAGAUGACAGAUUUCAGGAUGCAGCUGUGUUUGUUAAUAUUUAAAGGUUUCUGUUUUUUAAAAAGAUUUUUAGAGAAUUCAGAGGUCUGCAACCAGACUGGCACAACCCUGCUACUGAGCAUGCUGGCUUACAGGCCAGGGCACCUAAAUAAAACAUCCAUCGUUAAUGUUAUUACACUCGCUUUACUGCUUUGACAAGUCAAAAUGUCUGCCACUAGAAUGGCAUGUUGCUGAAACUGUGUGGAUUCAUGACUGAAACGUACCUCAAAAUAAAGUUUUGCAAAAACAGAAAUGUAACCAAACUGUUUAAAGCCUCAUAAAGUCAUUAGACCCAGGAGGAUUGUUGGCUCUGGACGAUAUCACCAGGUCUCACAGCAGUUCAUGAAAUAGUCACAAAAUCUACUGUACUGAUUCAUGUACACGGACAGGAAUUUUAAAUGCAGUGAGAGUGGGUUGGCCUAUGUUUAGACAUUCGGAUCAAAAUCUCAAAAACAGGCUAUUUAUAUAAUUUUAAAAGAAAGAAAACAUUGGUAAAAUGUAGUAGUUUUUAUAAUUUUAUGCACAACGUUUAGGCCGUUACAACACAUACUGCAUUUGUCUAGUCUAAUAUAUAAUGUACCCUUAUAUAAAAUGUAAAUAUUGACUUUUUUGAGCAGGAAGUGAAAGUUGUAGACCAACAGUUAUGUACAGAGAGGUAUGCGUCUAAGUUUUGCUAUUGAAUUUCAGAAAUAU